CAACACGGGCCCUGGGCCAGGAUCUGGCUACUCCAACAACCUGGUGAUGACGAGCACCACCUAGCCACCAAUUGCUGGGCUUACAUCCCCGAGCAUGUGUACUAAAUCAACGCAGUUAGUCAGCAUUUGUAGCCAGCCAGACCCUGCGGCACCGGGUUUACCCGACAAAUGCGAGCCAACGAUCUGCCACCACAAAAACGCCGGCCACCACCCGAUUCGGCGACACUGUCCACCAUCAAGCCAUGCUUACUCCACUCCGUCGCUGUCAACGUCCACUGGCACAGUGGCCCAGUGCCCCAGUAGCCUGUCAGCCAGGCUGUCAGUUGCUAUGACGUCGCUGGCAGGCGCAUCCGAAAUGCGUUACGCACAAUCACCGUUAUUUUGCCCCAACGGUGCAACGUCUGCUCCAGCCAAGACUCCCCUGGCCGCACUGGAGGCGGGUGCAUAAGCCAUGGCCUCGUCGUGGUGCGCCUGGCGCAGCUGCCACUGUUAGGCACUCCUGGCGCCAAGUACCUCGCGGUGGUCGCUUAUACCGGUCGUGCCUGGGGCGCAAAUACCGCUAGAAAAAAACUACCAAAGGAUUGUGGGCCACGGCCAAUCCAUGCACCAACGCUGAACUGGGCUUGCUUUACUGGGACGUUGCCACAUCAGCAGAACAGGUUAUCAGGUCGACCAAGAACA